GUUUUCAACAUAAGUAACAAAAGAUUCACUCGUUCUGUUGAAUAAUUGACUUGGUUUUUUGAUAUUUGCCAUUUUUAUAACUAAUUUUAAUACAAUUAACAUUCACCUUGUUUUAAUUAACUUUCAUCUCAUCAAAUCACUUUUAUCAAUUCACUAAAAUGGCUGGAGGUAAAGCUGGUAAAGAUUCUGGAAAAGCAAAGGCAAAAGCAGUCUCACGAUCUGCUCGAGCUGGACUUCAAUUCCCAGUAGGACGUAUCCAUCGUCAUUUGAAAAACAGAACCACAAGUCAUGGACGAGUUGGUGCUACUGCUGCAGUCUACUCAGCAGCUAUUUUAGAAUACCUUACUGCUGAAGUACUUGAAUUGGCAGGUAAUGCUAGUAAAGAUUUGAAGGUGAAAAGAAUUACUCCCCGUCAUCUUCAACUUGCCAUUCGUGGUGACGAAGAAUUGGACUCACUGAUCAAAGCAACCAUUGCGGGUGGUGGUGUUAUUCCUCACAUUCACAAAUCUCUGAUCGGCAAGAAAGGAGCAACUGGACAGAAACCAGCUUAACUUUAACUAAUUACCAAUGUAUGAGGGGAAAGUAAGCUGACAGAUACGAUAGGAAUUUUCUUCUUUACUUUCUCUUUUUAUAAUUUUUUUUCUCUUUUUCCAUUAAUCAAUCAUCAAAU